AUGAAAAAGCUUCACGAUAUGACUCUUGUGAUGCAGGUGAUGGAUUAUGAUCGAUUCUCCUCCGAUGACCCGAUUGGUGAAAUUCUCCUUCCAAUGAAAACAGUGAAAUUUGACAAUAGCCCCGUAUAUUGGAAGCAUCUACAAAGACCGACAAUUUCUAGGGAGAAAUGUGGAGAGUUGAUGCUUUCAUUGUGUUAUCUCCCAGAAGUGAACAAAAUCACCGUAAGUGUAAUCAAAGCACGAGAUUUAGCUGCUAAGGACAAAAUGGGAAGCUCUGAUCCAUACGUAAAACUAUGGCUGGUACAACAAGGAAACAAGCUUGAGAAGCGUAAGACUACGGUAAAACCACAAACACUGGCUCCAUUGUUUAAUGAAUCAUUUGCUUUUACUGUGCCACCCAAGGAGGUUCUCGACAAGGAUGUUAAUCUCGUCGUUACGGUGAUGGACUACGAUCUUUUGUCAAGCAACGACGAAAUUGGUCAUGCAAUAAUAGGCCCAUUAGGAGGAGAAACCGGCGCCCGUCAUUGGAAAGAGGUGAUAGAACAUCCAGAAACUCCGCUUGCCUUAUGGCAUCGGUUAUCUCCAAGGUGGUAG